CUACGGUCAUGACCUGCCAGGCAUUUAGCGCCAGUGAUUCCUUCACUACUCUGAGCGGAGAUUCAGCUGCCCUGCCUCUGCUCAUGCACCACACUGGACCUUCCGACUGCUUACCCAUCACCAGCCACACCACCAACAUGAUUUCUUCAGGUCUACCUCUGGUACAGUCGUCCAAACGUUCUCAUAUGCACCUGUCCGCUUCUGCUUUGGGCAACGCAUCAGCCAGCCUGCACUACCCAAUGCCCCCAUGUCAUUAUAGCAACCAGCAGACCACCUAUGGCAUGAUGGCAGCACAAGAAAUGCUCUCUGCCAGCAUCUCACAGACUCGCAUCCUUCAGACCUGCAGUGUGCCUCAUGCCAACAUGGUCAAUGGAGCCAACUCAUUACAAGGAGCUUUAGCCCCAUGCCUCUAUAAGUUCCCUGAGCACAGUAUGGGUGGAGGAUCUUGUGCUUUGAGCCACAGCUUCCCACCGCUGCCACAAGCUCUUCUCACUGAUGAACCUACUCUCAGUGACAUCAAGCAGGAGCUGCGCAGGAAAAGCCGGCCUCUGGAAGAGCCCCCGGAUAUGGAUUCUCCUCAAAUCCGUGAACUGGAGAAGUUUGCUAAUGACUUCAAACUGAGAAGGAUCAAACUGGGUUACACACAGACCAAUGUGGGUGAGGCACUGGCGGCCGUGCACGGCUCUGAAUUUAGCCAAACCACCAUCUGUCGCUUUGAGAACUUGCAACUCAGCUUCAAAAAUGCCUGCAAGCUCAAAUCCAUCCUGGCAAAAUGGCUGGAGGAGGCUGAGCAAGCCGGUGCUCUUUUUAAUGAGAAGAUGGGCAUGCAUGAGCGUAAACGAAAACGGAGAACAACCAUCAGUCUCGGGGCGAAGGAAGCCCUAGAAAGGAAUUUUGUGGAGAAGAGUAAACCCUCGUCUCAGGAGAUUGUGCGACUGGCAGAGGGCCUGCAUCUGGAGAAGGAGGUGGUCCGUGUGUGGUUCUGUAACCGCAGACAGAGGGAGAAAAGAGUCAAAACCAGUCUACACCACAGCUCAUUCAUGGCCAAAGAGACUGCAGCCUGUAGGCCCUGAACAUCUUCUCAUGAUGCAAUGUGCAAAAAAUCACAUUUGGGAGAAUCAACACAAGCCUUUGGCAGUCAAUGGAUUUCCUGUACAAGAGUUAUAUCUUAAGAACUCCUGUUUUACUUUUUACAGAUCACAAAAUAAGCAUAGUAACCAUUAAUGAAAUUUUAAGGUGUUGUUGUUAAAAUACUCUCUCUCACACCGUUUGAGCAUCCUGACUAGAAACACCGGAUCAUCUAAAUGCUGUGAAUUUAGAGCUUUUCUAACCAGCGGUUAGUUUUGAUAUUUUGUUUGGGAAGUUGAGUGGCAUAGAAAUUAUAAACUUCAUCUUUCUAGCAUAACAGAAUGUUUGUGUUAUGAGGUCUAUGCAAAGGGACCAUUUAUAAGUGCUGUCACAGCAGAACAGCAUCUUGAUAUCUCUGGUACAAUAAUUUAUUUAAAAUACAAUCUAUUCACAGUUUAAUAUAUUGGCUACAUAUGCAAAUAUACUAUGAAUAUCAGAACACAUUAUCCUUGGAAUCCCU